AUGAGGCGACGCUGCGGGCUCAAACACGGAAUAUGCCGGGAAUUUCUCGCAGAAUUCCUGGGGACAUUUGUGUUGGUGUUGUUUGGUUGUGGAUCCGUGGCCCAAACCGUGUUGAGUCGGAACCAGCUGGGUGAGCCCCUGACGGUCCAUAUUGGCUUUUCUGUUGGACUCAUGAUGGCGGUGUACGUGGCGGGGGGAGUCUCCGGGGGCCACGUGAACCCCGCCGUGUCCCUGGCCAUGGUCCUUCUGGGCAAACUCAAGAUCUGGAAGUUUCCGAUUUAUGUCAUAGCGCAGUUUCUUGGAGCGUUUGCCGGAGCAGCUGCCGUCUUUGGGUUGUACUACGACGCCUUCAUGGACUUCACCAGUGGGAUCCUGUCUGUAACUGGGAUAAAUGCCACUGGUCAUAUAUUUGCGUCGUACCCGGCCCGACACCUGUCCAUCCUGGGAGGGUUCAUAGACCAGGUGGUGGGGAGCGGGAUGCUGGUGUUGUGUAUCCUGGCCAUCAUCGACGGUGGAAACAUAGGAGCCCCGAAGGGAAUGGAGCCUUUCGCCAUUGGGCUCAUUAUUAUGGGCAUCGGGGUGUCCAUGGGUCUGAACUGUGGGUACCCCCUGAACCCUGCCCGGGACUUGGGACCUCGACUCUUCACCGCUGUGGCCGGAUGGGGCUUUGAGGUUUUCAGUACGGCCGGAUACUGGUGGUGGAUCCCAGUGGUCGGUCCCAUGGUCGGGGGGGUCGUGGCCGCCGUCCUGUACUACCUGCUGAUAGAACUGCACCACAAGCGGGAGGCGGAGAAGGCCGAGGAAGAAGAGGACGACGACGAGGAUGAUGAGGACGAAGACGAAGACAGCAGCCUGAAGGACAAGAACGGCUCCACUCUGUUCGAGACGAGCUUCAAUAACAUGGACGUCCAUCAGCUUCAGCUUUAG